AUGGUCAUCUGCUUCCAUCAAGAGAAGAUCUUCGCAGAGCCUGGCAUCGAGAAAAGACAGGAUGGUAGAUGCCGAGCAAUAGGAAAACAAUCUACCAGUCAUCGCCAUCCUUACUCAGUCAAAAGGGACUGGUUCAAAUCCCUCGUGCAAAAGGCCGACAAGGCCCACCAUCGCGACGCUGUUUGCGAUGAUUACCCCAAUGACAUAUUCAUAGAUAUGCUAUCGGGGGGCCCAUCGGGGUCGACGACGAAUAAGAACAACAUUCCAAAACUCACCCGAGAAAAGCCAAAGAUCAACAGUUCCUCAUCAGCGAGCAUUGCGGUAGAAAUGGUGAGGCGGCAGAGAACGCUGUCAUCAGCACUGAACAAGGAGCACAACAACGGUAAACGAUGGUGGUGGAACGAAAGAAAGGGGAACAGCGCUACUGCUCUCUCUCUCUUUUCUGACGGUGCUCGCUUUCCGGCUAGCUCGAACUUGACCUCGCAGACCAGUGCUAAGGAAAUAUCCGGACCAAUUACAGUAGUCUUUCUUCCUUUUUCCCCCCGAAUCAAGGUGUCUUUUACCCGGUCUUUGAUUCGUCCCCGUGUGCCGCUACCGACUUCUAUCGCUAACGUCACAACGACGGCUGCAGCGUACUGGAGGCUCUCGUAUGCUCAUAAAAUCAAUAUGGAUUUCGUAAUGCCAAAUAGAACAGCUGAUAAAGAAUUUGAAGUUAGAAUGCCGACAAUUGCCACCUCGGUUUUCUGGCAAUACUGGUUCCAAAAACAACAGUGA